CUGAGGAAAUAUACGAGCUCACUUACUCUCGCGAGAUCAGAGCAUUAGCAAACAUGGCGGCUGCGAUGGAUGUAGACACCCCGAGUGGAGCGAACAGUGGAGCUAGUAAAAAGCGUUUUGAAGUGAAAAAGUGGAAUGCUGUGGCUCUGUGGGCUUGGGACAUUGUAGUGGACAACUGUGCCAUUUGCAGAAAUCACAUUAUGGAUCUCUGUAUAGAGUGUCAGGCCAAUCAGGCGUCAGCUACAUCAGAGGAGUGUACAGUGGCCUGGGGAGUCUGUAAUCAUGCAUUUCAUUUCCACUGCAUCUCUCGCUGGCUGAAGACCAGACAGGUGUGUCCUUUGGACAACAGAGAGUGGGAGUUCCAGAAGUAUGGCCAUUAGCAGCAGCUGUGCAGCCUGGUGUUUGUUCUUCAGAUCCAGGAUUUUCCUUCCGGAGAUGCAUUUUUGUUUAGUUGUCAUCUUUCUCUCUGUCAAAGACCACUUGGUCCACAUUAAAAGAUGUUAUUCUAGAUAUGAUGUUUUUUAUUUCAUUGUUUUGUCCAGUAAAUUACCAAUAAAGUAACUUUAAAGUCA